GCUGAAACAGUAGUCAGCAUUCCUAGCAUUUGCAGUCUUGUCACGGUAUUUAAUAAUGUUUAAAAACCGUUCAUAAUCUCUCGAACCGACUUUAUAUCAUCAAGUAAUAUCUAAAAUAAGUGGAUUGAACAAAAAAUACACAUUCACAUGAAGUCGUAUUGUAUUGGUGAAAUCGGAUGAAAUGGAAAAAUGCCCUAAGGAUGUGACAUGCUGCCUCGUCGUCGUCAUGAGAGUAUGACGUAUGAUAACGACGUUAUGCGUAGAGUACUGUAUUUCUAGCGUAAAGGAAUCAAAACAGACAAUUUUGGCUGCUGGCCAGUAAAUUAUUGAACGUGAAGUACUUGAACUUCGAUCUAAAAGAGACACAAUGCCAUGGAUUGCUGUUAUACCAAUAAAGAUGGAAAUACCACACCUAAUAAAGAACUUGCAAACAUCUCUAGUCCAGAGAUGUUUGACAGUGACCAUGAAAACGAAGAGCACAACGAACCGCCAGUAAUAGAACCACGACCAAUAGCUAGUCCUCAAAAGCCUUCUCAAGCCGACUUGGUCGCCAAGUCUGAUAGCAAGUUAUUAGCUAGAAUCAGCAAACUCCUGUGUGGUGUCCCACCACCACCAAAGCUUACAAUAUGCAGAACAGACUGUUCGGAAUUAUUAAUGCGUAUUUACGACAACGAACAUUUAUUUUGGACACCAUGCAUAUUGUCAGGGAAACAGAAAGAAGGUGAAACAUCUCUGGAACAGAAGGAGAACAUUAGUACAAAUACUUAUCCGCAUACCAAGAGCACGCUUAGAAACUUAAGCACUGCUUUUGACGCUUGUGAUCCUCAAUAUCAAAAUAAUGUUAGUGAUAAUCUAAGUAACGUACACUUAAAAGAUGCUGGCAGUGAUAAUUUUAGAAUAGAGACAGUGGUUCCUACUAAUGACAAGAGUAUAGUCAGUAGCGUAAACGGAACGACGGUGAUGAAUUCUGAACAAAUACCUGAGACUAAAGUAAAACACGUAUCUUUUGCUGCGGCGCAAAGCCAAUCGUUACUUUAUUACACGGUUGACCAGAAGGCAGCUGUUGAUUUAGUAUGGCCCGAAGCAUAUUAUCAUAAAUAUCAUGGAAUACAUUAUAACCGAAGUACAGCGGUCGAAGAGUUCGAGAGUCUUACUUCGAAAUUAUGUGGGAGAUAUAUAGGGGCUGAGACUCAGUCUACUUGCACCGUAUGGUUCUCUAAACCGGCACCGAGCAGUGCUAAGAAACGAAGCCUCUUGGCGAAACGUAAUAACGGACAGAGUCCGGGGAAGAGAUUGAGUCAUUUAACGAGAAGGCGGAAAGCAUUUUCUAGCGCGAAUUUACAAGGUUUAGCAAUGAACAAUAAGAAGAUGGUAGUAUUAAACAUCAAGAAGCCUGUAGUUAAAAAGGGUAAGAGUCCACGGGCGAAAAGUCCGCGAGGAAAAAGUCCACGUGGUAAGAGCCCAAGGGGUACUCCGAAAAGUUCGACGAAGAAAAAAGUGGCGCGACGGCUCGUUCUUGACGGACCUAGUCCUUUGAAGAGCAAGAUCGAAACAUCGAAGCGUGCCCUCUUUCAGAGUCCACCAGCCGAGCGGGCUGGUCCGAGCAAGUUGUUCACAGGCGGCUCCAAUCCCCAGAGCAUCAAACGCGCCCUAUUCACGCAAAAUACAAAAGAGAACGAUUCUGAGGCUGUUCAAAAGAUAAGUAACGAUGAUUCGAAGAAGAGAAAGAACGAGGAGGACUUGGAAGGGCCUCGAUGUAAAUGGGCGAAGAGUUUAUCUUUCGAUUGUUCCCAUGAGCUGCAUAAUAAAACGAUAUCGUGGGACAGGCACUCGUCUAGUAAUAUAAUCGAGAAGACUAAAUUGACCGAGAAAAGAUGCGAGCUCAGCGAUGCUCACAGAAAGAAAUUGCUGUGGGCAGUAGCAGAGGCUUUGCGAGGCAAGGGAAUAGGCAUGACUCAUCCGCUGUUCAAGCAGUACGCUACGAAUUUGGCGCGGACCAUCAAGAAGUUUAUGCCGGAUCUCGAGAAUAAGAAUAUUCCUCGGAAACCAGGGAGUACGAGCGAUCGUAUGCUGAAACUAGCGAAACACCACGUCGUCUACGUAAUCGAUGCGAGACCACCAGACUGACAAUACUCAACUGUAUACAAAUAACAUUAAUCUUCUGUUAAGGGCAAUUGAGAUCUUUGAUUCUGUUCUACGAGGAUAAAUGCGUAAUGAUAGUCGACGAUGAGCGACGGUACUGAUUACAUAGACGUAAGUCCCGUUAUUACACGUUAGAAUUAAAGAUCUCAAUUAUACAUUAUUUAUCAUAAGAAUAUCAACGAUAAGACGUCGUUGGUAUUCGUACACCUGGGUAGCAUAUGUGUAAACUACGAACGUUAUUUAUCCGAAUUCAGCGAAAAGGAGUCAAUUAUGUUGUAACAAAUUAGGAUAAAAUUUUUUACUGCCUAAACAUAUAUCAACGAGAGGUCUUUAAUGUGCCUAUUUUUUUAUUAGCGGUAAAAUAGUUCGUAUAUCUCACAACUUAUAAAUAAUCAAUAAAAGGUGCUUAGUAAAAAACAGAA